GCGACUUCCUACUUCCGGCGCCGUAUAAAAGCCGCUUCCGGUGCUGGCGCCCGGCUCUUCUGUUCCUGACGCUGCCGAGGCCGGAGAAUGAGCCUCCCGGGGUUAAGCCUGAAGAAGAUCGAAGUCUUCUGCCAAACCCUGAAAGCGGAGCCGCGCUUCCACUUGGCGCAGAAUGUGGCGACGUGCGCCGACCCGCUGGAGCUGUGCCUGGAGCGGAGCGUGGUCCAGGACACGCUCCAGGUGUUCCAGCACGCCAUCCCCGCCGAAGGGAAGCCUGUCACCAACCAGAAGAACUCAGGACGCUGCUGGAUUUUCUCCUGCCUGAACGCCAUGCGCCUUCCCUUCAUCAAGAAAUUCAACAUCGAGGAGUUUGAGUUCAGCCAGUCUUACCUCUUCUUCUGGGAUAAGGUGGAGCGCUGUUACUACUUCUUGGACGCCUUCGUGAAGACGGCGAAGGAUGAGCCCGUAGAAGGCCGGCUAGUCCAGUUCCUCUUAGCCAAUCCCUCCAAUGAUGGCGGACAGUGGGACAUGCUGGUCAACCUGAUUGAGAAGCAUGGCGUUAUUCCCAAGAAGCUCUUCCCAGAAUCCUUCACCACCGAGGCUUCCAGACGGAUGAAUGAGAUUCUCAACUACAAGAUGCGGGAAUACUGCCACCGGCUACGAAACAUGGUGGAGACCGAAUGCAAUGAGGAUGAGCUCUCUGCGGCCAAGGAUGCCAUGAUCGAAGAGGUGUUCAGAGUGGUCACCAUCUGCCUUGGGAGCCCUCCAAAGACCUUCACCUGGGAGUAUUACGACAAAGAGAAGACUUACCACAAAAUCGGGCCCAUCUCGCCACUGGACUUCUACAGGGAACAUGUCAAGCCUGUCUUUGACAUGGAAAACAAGGUUUGCCUGGUGAAUGAUCCUCGGCCCAAGAACGAAUACAACAGAUUGUACACAGUGGAGUACCUGGGGAACAUGGUUGGCGGGAGGAAGACCCUUUACAACAACCAGCCCAUUGAACUCCUCAAGAAAGUGGCAGCAGCGUCCAUUCGCGAUGGAGAGGCAGUUUGGUUUGGCUGCGAUGUCGGAAAACACUUCAACAGCAAGCUGGGCAUCAACGACGUCAACAUAUUUAAUCACGAGCUGGUCUUCGGGGUGUCGGUCAAGACCCUGAAGAAAGACGAGCGCCUCAUCUUUGGCGAUUCCAUGAUGACCCACGCCAUGGUCCUGACAGCCUUCAGUGAGGAGGAAGACAAGGAGGGUUGCUUUGAAAAAUGGCGCGUGGAGAAUUCCUGGGGCGAAGACCGUGGGAAUAAAGGUUACCUCAUCAUGACGGACGAGUGGUUCUCGGAGUACGUCUACGAAGUGGUGGUGGACCGGAAGCACGUACCGGAGGAGGUCCUGGCGGUCAUGCACCAGGAGCCCAUCGUCCUGCCAGCCUGGGAUCCCAUGGGCGCUCUGGCCAAGUGAACUCUGUGGGAAAAGGGAUUGGGGGGUUUGCCCACCCCUCCGGCUCCUUCUGCUCAACCUUGAAGCAAGCGUAGUAUGUGUGUGUGUGUGUGUGAAGGGUGGGGGGGAGCCGGAGAAACCGGGAGCCGAAAUCCUGCGGCCACGAUGCCCACGCUUCAGGUGCCAGGAUGGAAGAGUGGGAGUCUGUGGCUCUUUGGAAGGAACGGUGCUUCUACAGAGGCGGAGCGACUGAUUCAUGUAUGCUUUGUAGUAUGAUCCAUCGUUCUUUUUUUAAUCAAAAAAGAAACCCUGGUUUUAAAUGCUCUUAUUAGCCCACUUGUUUUUAAAACUCCUUCCGAAUCAAUUCUUCUGAGCAAACUUUGAGUAGAGAGAAAAAAAAAGGGGGGGGGCAUAAAAAUGAAGUGAAUAGCUCUUUCUUGGGAUGGUUUUCUGUUACAAUUCUGGGCUGGAUUGCUGAGCUGCUAGGCACAUUUUCCUUGCAAAAUAAGGAAUAACCCUAGGGCUGAUGCUGUCUGUUUCUCAUCCACAAAUUUCUGUCUCACUUUGGUUUUUCCCAUCUGAAGAAUGAUUCGAAUUCACAGCCUUUUGCCUUGAAACACACUACACUCGUCUCUUUCUUUGUUUCUCUUUCUCUGUUUCUCUUUCUCUCUCUCAUUCACUUCCCCGCACCUUUCAGUGAGGCUUAGGAGAACAACUUCCAAAUGGAUUUUGAGGCUCAGUUCAAGAAUGUCCAAUUCCCUCCUGAAAUGUUUUUUAAAAAGCCAAAAAAAAAAUCCUAAUAACUGCAUUUUAUUGGAAUGCUGUUGACAACUUACAUGGUGCUAAUGAAGCGUUUGAAUUAAAUAUACCUGGCUUGAAUGAGA